UGCUCCUCUCUUUCUUUUUCAGGUAAGGAAGAGUCAGUUGCUACCUUCAAGGGCAACGAGUUUUUCUGCUAUGACCUGUCGCUAACGCCCAUCCAGAGCAGCACCGACGAGAUCACGCUCUCCUUCCGCACGCUGCAACGCAAUGGCCUCAUGCUGCACACCGGCAAGUCGGCGGACUACGUCAACCUUUCUUUGAAGAGUGGCGCCGUUUGGCUGGUCAUCAACCUGGGCUCGGGGGCCUUUGAGGCCCUGGUCGAGCCCGUCAAUGGCAAGUUCAACGACAAUGCCUGGCAUGAUGUGCGCGUCACCCGCAACCUGCGCCAGCACGCAGGCAUUGGACACGCUAUGGUCACCAUCUCAGUGGAUGGUAUACUAACCACCACUGGUUACACCCAAGAAGAUUACACCAUGUUGGGAUCUGAUGAUUUCUUCUACAUCGGAGGAAGUCCCAACACUGCCGACCUGCCUGGAUCGCCAGUCAGCAACAACUUCAUGGGCUGUCUGAAGGAUGUGGUGUACAAGAACAAUGACUUCAAGCUGGAGCUGUCCCGGCUGGCCAUUGAGCGCGACCCAAAAAUCACCUUGAAUGGCGAUCUGGUGUUUCGCUGUGAAGACGUGGCGGCCCUCGACCCAGUCACCUUCGAGACUCCCGAGUCCUACAUCUCCCUGCCCAAGUGGAAUACCAAGAAGACUGGCUCCAUCUCCUUUGACUUCCGCACCACGGAGCCCAGUGGCCUCCUGCUGUUCAGCCACGGCCGCCCUCAGGGUCCUAAAGAGCAGAAGCCUGGGAGGGAGUUGAAGACUGACUACUUUGCCAUGGAGCUGCUGGACGGGUAUUUGUACCUGCUGAUUGAUAUGGGCUCCGGAAAAACAAAGCUGAAGGCCAGCAACAAGAAGGUCAAUGAUGGGGAGUGGUGCCACGUGGACUUCCAGAGGGAAGGGAGAAAAGGUUCAAUCUCGGUUAACAGCCGGAGCAUGCCCUUCAGUUCUCCCGAAGGCAGUGAAAUCCUUGAUCUGGACAGCGAUAUGUACUUAGGUGGGCUUCCCGAGACAAAGUCCAAUCUCAUCUUGCCUCCUGAGGUUUGGACGGCACUUCUCAACUAUGGCUACGUGGGCUGUGUGCGCGAUCUCUUCAUUGACGGGAAGAGCCGCGAUGUCCGGCGUCUGGCGGAGAUCCAGAGCGCCAUGGGAGUCAGCAGUUUCUGCACCCGUGAGCUGCAGAAGAGGUGCAGCAGUGCCCCCUGUGGGAAUGGAGGCCUGUGCAAAGAGGGUUGGAACCGCUACAUAUGCGACUGCACCGGCACUGGAUACCUCGGCACCAACUGUGAAAUCGAGGCAACAGUGCUGAGUUAUGAUGGCAGCAUGUACCUGAAGAUCAUCAUGCCUGUCACCAUGCACACUGAAGCUGAAGAUGUGGCGUUGCGUUUCAUGUCCCAGCGGGCGUACGGCCUGCUCAUGGCUACCACCUCCAAAGAGUCGGCGGACACCCUGCGACUGGAGCUUGAUGGCGGCCGUGUCAAGCUUACUGUAAACCUCGAUUGUAUCAGGAUAGACUGUAGCCUCAGCAAAGGACCUGAAAUGCUGUUCGCGGGGCAGAAGCUGAACGACAACGAGUGGCACACGGUGAAGGUGGUGCGGCGAGGCAAGAGCCUGCAGCUGUCUGUGGAUAAUGUCACAGUGGAAGGCCAGAUGACUGGUGCGCACACGCGUCUUGAAUUCCACAACAUCGAGACGGGUAUCAUGACUGAGCGCCGCUUCAUAUCUGUGGUCCCCUCCAACUUCAUUGGCCACCUCCAGGGCCUUUCCUUCAACGGGAUACCCUACCUAGACCAAUGCAAAAACGGUGACAUCUCCUACUGUGAGCUCAAUGCCCGCUUUGGUAUGCGCCACAUCAUCGCCGAUCCGGUGACAUUUCGAACAAAAGGCAGCUACUUGGCGCUAGCCACGCUGCAGGCCUACGCGUCCAUGCACCUCUUCUUUCAGUUCAAGACCACCACCCCCGAUGGCCUGAUGCUCUUCAACUCUGGAGACGGAAGUGAUUUUAUUGUCGUAGAACUGGUGAAAGGAUACGUCCACUACGUCUUCGACCUUGGCAACGGGCCAUCGCUAAUGAAGGGAAACUCAGACAAGCCGCUCAACGACAACCAGUGGCACAAUGUGGUGGUGUCCCGGGAUGCAAACAAUGUACAUACGCUCAAGAUCGACUCACGCACCGUUACUCAGCACUCCAAUGGCGCACGCAACCUGGAUCUCAAAGGGGAGCUGUACAUCGGUGGCGUGACAAAGAACAUGUACAGCAAUCUGCCCAAGCUGAUUGCGUCCCGGGAUGGGUACCAGGGCUGUCUAGCUUCUGUUGACCUGAAUGGGAGACUACCCGACCUGAUUGCGGAUGCCCUCCACCGGGUGGGUCAGGUGGAACGAGGCUGCGAUGGACCAAGUACCACCUGUACGGAGGAGUCCUGCUACCAUCAGGGGGUGUGUCUCCAGCAAUGGGAGGGCUUCACCUGCGACUGCACCAUGACGUCCUAUGGAGGCUCAUUUUGCAACGACCGUAAGCAAAACCUUAUCUGUCUAACACCUCAGAAUCUACAACUCACAGAUUGA